AUGGAUCCAAAUCUAUCUUUGGCGAAUAAGCUUGCUUUAUGGCUUGAUUUAAUGUUGGUUCAGAGCAUUCCAAUUGACAGUAGACGAGCUAUUCCGUGGUUAUUAUGGGCAGUGUGGAAGAAUAUGAAUGCAGUUAUCUUCGCUAGCACUCAGGAGUCUUUGGGUAUGCAGUCUCAGGUGAAAUGCAAUAUUCACGCGAACUGGCGCAAUGAUAAGCUACAUUGUGGAGGUUCUUGGAUUACAAGAGAUCAUCAAGGAAGGGUGGGGCAUCAUGCACGCGAAGCUUUCACUUCUUCUCCGGACAAACUUACCGCCGAACUGAGAGUCUUAAUAUGGAUCCUACAGAGCAUGCAGGAUUUACAGGUUCAGGAAGUUGUAAUAGGAUCAGAUCACUGUGAUUUAGUUGAAGCCAUCAAACGACCUAAUGACUGGCCUAGAUAUCGUUGGCUGCUUCAUCAAGUGACGGCACUAACUAGGGAGUUUCCUUUGGUCUGCUUUGAGAUUGAGUCAUCGGCUUCAAAUCAUGUGGCGAGAGAGAUAGCUAAAAGUGUUAUGCGCAAUAGCAUGUUCCAAUCCUAUCUCGCACUUAGUGGUCCAUCGUGGUUGCAUGAUCGUAUUCGUCAAGAAAGUGCAUUUUAA